AUGAAGACAGGCACUUCCGAGAUCCACGACAAGCUUGCAACGCAUCUACUUAGCAACUUGCAGUGCGUCCCUGACCCCUUGAUCUUCUCCGACGCGGCUCUACGUCUCGGCCCGUACGACAUCCACGACGCGCUCAGCGACCUCCCAGAAGCGUACACCAAGUUCGUGCCAGAAUUCAGCCUCUGGCGAGAGUUGCGACACGCGCUCGCUCAAGGCCGCCCAGUCUCCUCGGUCAAUAUCGACUUCCGCCGGGCGUGGACGCUGGACAAGUACAAGUUUCUCCCCAUGAUCGACAAGACUUUCGCCCUCGUGCCGAACAAAAAGUGGUACUUCUUCAUCGAGGCGGACACGUAUGUCUUCUGGAGCACCUUUGCGCAAUGGAUACGCCAGUUGGACCCGGAGCGACACCUGUACCUGGGCAACCCCAUGCUACAUGGCGACGUGCUUUUUGCGUAUGGCGGCGCCGGCUACCUGCUUUCCUCGGUCACGAUGCGAAGGCUCCUCGAUCACAGGCCACCCGGCGCGGAGACGGCCGGCAGCACAGAGUUUGGCGUUGACCUGCAGCAUUUGUGUUGCGGCGACACGGGCCUGGCGUUGGCGCUGAGGAACGUCGGCAUCGAGGUCACGUCGUAUUGGCCGAUGCUCAAUGGUCACAACUGGGUUGAUGUGCCGUACGGUCCGGGUCAAUGGUGCCAUCCGCUGGUGACGCUCCAUCACAUGAAGCCGGAGGAUCUGACCCAGAUGAUGGAGAUCGAGCAAAGCAGAGAGGAUCCCGCGGCGCCCUUUCUCAUGGAAGAUCUGUUCAAUAGUACAGUCGGACAAGAGCUGCCGACCGAACGUAGGGACUGGAACAUUGGUUACGAUGAGGUGCUUACGAGAUGGAACGAGUACGAUGACCAGGAGCGGUUUGAGGCGGGGACCUGGAGAGAUGAUAUCCAGCAGAACUCGUACAGCUCGAAAGAGAGUUGUCGAAGGGCGUGUGAAGAGAGAGCUGAUUGCGUUCAAUGGAGCUAUAGGGGGUACAAGUGCGGCCUUGGCCUCGAGCCAGAUCUUGUCACGCCCGGAUAUAUCUUCACCGCGCCUUGGGGUUACAAGCUUCUCGACCACGACGUUGGUCCUCACAUCUUCGACAACGACGGUAAUCUUGUUUGGUCUGGUGCAGGCACAUUCGGUGGGGUGUACAGCAGUCAUGGUCCGCACGUCUGCCAGUAUCACGGUACCGACCACCUCUGUUACUAUCAAGGCUGGCAAAGCAGAGGCCACUCACAAGGUGUUGGAAUUAUUGUGGACAGUACUUACCAAGUCGUCAAAACCCUCCGCCUCGCAGGUACUGCGGCUGCGCUAUUUGACAUGCACGAAUUUCAUCUCAUUGACGACGGCAAAAGAGCCCUUUUCACGGCCUACCAAGCUCAACCGUACGACCUCUCACCGUAUGGAAUGUCCGAAAACAUAGGUUGGAUUCAAAACAGCCUUUUUCAAGAAAUAUCAGUAGAGACUGGUGAAUUACUAUUUGAGUGGAGGAGCCUGGACCAUGAGGAAACUUCGCCAAAGUACGGUCAGGUCCUUCCUGGAGAGACGCUUGCCGGAGGGAAAGGGACAACAGCAUCUGACGCUUGGGACUAUUUCCACAUCAACUCGGUCGACAAGAAUGAGAAUGGCGACUACCUGAUAUCUUCUCGUCACACCUCCGCUCUUUACUUGAUCUCUGGACAGGAUGGACGAGUUCUCUGGCAUCUUGACGGCUGGCUGCUCUCAAGCCAUUUCCAAAAGGAUUUCUACUUUUCCAGCCAACACGACGCAAGAUGGCAGCAUUCAAAUGCAACCCAUACCACCAUAUCUCUGUUCGACAACGCCUACGACGAAUUCAAACCGCACGACAACCAAACCCAUCCUUACUCUCGCGGUCUCGUCUUCGUCCUAGACAACGAAGCCAGAACAGCAACCUUCAGCCACGAGUACAUGCACCACGUCCCCAACGGGCCACCGAUCCUCAGCGGAUCCCAAGGCAACUUCCAGCCGCUACCAAACGGGAACGCCUUUCUCGGCUGGGGCGCGCAACCUUUCUUCUCCGAGCACCACCCCCUCAGCGGAGCGCCCGUGCUGCACGCCUCCUUCAACAAUCCGACCGGCUCCACGACGAACUACAAGGCCCGCAAAUACAACUGGACGGCCGUCCCAGCCCACGACCCGGCGCUCUGGAGCUUUUCGUACAACGGCACCGCGACGACGUUCUACGUCUCGUGGAACGGUGCCACGACGGUGCAGACGUGGCGCUUCUACGUGUCUGAUGAUAGCGUCGAGGGGCCGUGGCGGCGUGUUGGCGAGGCGCGAAAAAGAGGCUUCGAGACGGUGCUGCGGUGGGACGGCUUCGCGCUGUGGGCGUUUGCGGAGGCGGUGGAUGGUGAGGGGGUUGUGCUGAGGAGGUCGGGCGUUGUUGAGGUGUUCGUGCCGUCGGAGACGCUGAGACAGGCUUGUGACUUCAACGGCUGCGUGGAAAUUCCGCGGGUUGGUGGUGGGGACUGGAGCACCUUUGAAGUGAGCGGGUCCGGAACGCAAGAGGAAGCUUUUGGCUCUGAUUUUGCUUUUGACGGAAAGUCGCAUUAUCUACCGGAACAAGCUCAAGAUAACUUUAGUGGCUUUAGUGUAAUGCUGGUGCUAGGGUUCAUUCUUAGUACCGGCAUCUGCAUAGCUGGGCUAGGUGUCUGGUUAUAUGGAAAGAUAGCUGAGGUUGAGAACAGAUUCUAG